UUUUUUGUCCCAUUUAUAAAUUCACCUGUCGAGCUAACGCAUGCGUCUCUUCUUCUUCUUGCCGUUCAACUGAGUCGAACUCGCUCCGAUCUACUGAGGGGUGGCUGGUCGGAGGAGCUCGUUUGGUGUCGCCGGAUAUAUCGAACGAUCAGGUGCUACGCAUUGGACUGAAGGAGCGGCGUCAAUGGCUGUUUCCUGGCGAGAAUGGCCGGAGCUCCGGUGAGGAACCGUGCGUCGUCGUCCGCGGUGGUGGUGAUCGAAUCACGGCGGAGAUGUUUAGGUCGGCGAGAUGGCGGAGCGAGAAGAACAGGAUCAAGGUGGUGUUCAGGUUGCAGUUUCAUGCGACUCAGGUUCAUCACGUGAAUGCAGAGGGCCUGACUCUAUCUCUGGUCCCUGGAGAUGUGGGGAAGCCAACUAUGAGGUUGGAGAAGGCAAUGGUGAUGGAAGGAUGCUGCAGGUGGGAAUCUCCUGUGCACGAGACCGUGAAAUUUGCUCAAGACGCUAAAACAGGGAAGGUUAAUCAGAGAAUUUAUCAUCUUAUUGUAUCAACAACGGGAUCUACGAAAGCUGGUCAGGUUGGAGAGGCUUCGAUCGAUUUUGCUGAUUACGCUGAUGCAAUCAAGGCUUGCAAUGUUUCUCUUCCCCUUCGGAAUUCAAAUUCGAAAGCAAUGUUGCAUGUAUUGAUACAAAGGCAGCUAGAAGAUGCUGAUCCACAAAGAGAUGUGGAUGAAAGCGAGAGACUGAAAGAGCAAUCCGUUGUUUGUGUUUUAAGCACCGGAGAUGCAGAUGAAAGCCACAAGAUCGAUUCAAAAGAGAAUGGGCUCUUCAGCAAAGCUGCCCGGAUUGCUGAACUGAGGCGUAGAGCCUCUAUCGAGUCUGAUAGUACAAUGUCAAGCUCUGAUAGUGUCCCUGAACUGAAUACUCCAGGAGAAUUUGGAAACAGAGACGAUAGAAACAAAUCUAUGUUUCUGGGUUCAGCUACAAGUCUGUCUGAAGCACCUCAUGUGUCGGAAUCUGAGUGGUCAGGAAGUUCUGAUCAUGGAAUCAGCACUGAUGACUCCACCAACAGUUCGAACGAUACCAUGCCGAGGGACAUGUCGAGGAAUUUGUCUGAUGUCGAGACAGAGAAGCUUAAAUCCGAUCUUGUUGCUCUGACAAGGCAAGCUGAUCUUUCGGAACUGGAGUUGCAGAGCCUGAGGAAGCAGAUUGUCAAAGAAAGUAAAAGGAGCCAGGAUCUACUGAGAGAAGUGACAACCUUGAAGCAGGAGAGAGAUUGUCUGAAGGCAGAGUGUGGGAGGCUAAAGGUGUCUGAGAAUCGCAAGGACGAGAUGAAGGUGAAGAACAAAUUGCAGUAUGAAGGCAGGGAUCCAUGGAUUCUUCUGGAAGAAAUCCGACAAGAACUGGAUUACGAAAAAGAUCUGAACUCAAAUCUUCGGCUACAGCUCCAGAAGACCCAAGAAUCAAACACCGAGUUGAUUCUUGCUGUGCAGGAUCUAGAAGCAAUGCUUGAGCAAAGGAAUAACGAGGCAGAAGAUAUAUCUCCGAGACCAGGAACUGGCGAGAACAUGGAGGAAUCAAGAAGGUCUUGCAGAAGUGAGACGGAUGAAGAUGAGGAUCAAAAGGCGUUGGAAGAGCUCGUGAAGGGACACACAGAUGCGAAAGAAACACAUCUCCUGGAGCAAAAGAUCAAAGAGAUGUACAAUGAGAUUGAGAUCUAUAAACGAGACAAAGAUGAGCUCGAGAUACAGUUGGAGCAGCUUGCUCUCGAUUACGAGAUACUGAAGCAGGAAAAUCACGACAUCUCGUACAAGCUAGAGCAAAGCCAACUACAAGAACAAUUGAAGAUGCAGUAUGAAUGUUCAUCUUCGCUUGUCAAUGUGACCGAGCUCGAGAAUCAAGUCGAGAGCCUGGAAGCCGAGCUCAUGAAUCAGUCUGAAGAAUUUUCAGAGUCAUUGGGCAGGAUUAAAGAACUCGAAAAACAGAUUAAGGGCUUGGAAGAAGAGAUGGAGAAACAGGCCCAGCUGUUUGAGGCAGAUAUCGAAGCCGUGACCCAUUCUAAAGUCGAGCAAGAGCAAAGAGCUAUACGAGCUGAAGAAUCCCUGAGAAAAACGAGGUGGAAGAAUGCAAGCGUUGCCGAGAAACUCCAGGAAGAGUUUAAGAGGCUAUCUGUUCAGAUGGCUUCUACAUUUGAAGCAAACGAGAAGAUGGCUAUGAGAGCUAUGGCGGAAGCCAAAGAUCUUCAUAUGCAGAAACGUCAACUUGAAGAAAUGCUAAAGGAUGCUAACGAUGAACUCAAAAUGACUAAGAGUGAGUACGAGGCAAAGCUCCACGAGCUUUCAGAGCUGGUGAAUCUUAAGACGGAUGAGAUGGAGAGAAUGUCGGAGAAUCUUGAUGAGAAAUCCAAGCAGAUAGAUUACCAGAAGAGGCAUGAGGAAGACAUAACUGCGGAAUUAACCCGAGAAAUCACAAGGCUGAAGGACGAGAUCAAGGGCCUGAGAAAGGACGAAAAUACCCUUCUUCUCCAAGUAAAGGAAGCAGAAAACCUAAGAAUUGAGUUGGAAGAGAUGAGAAAAUCGAUCGAGGAAGCUGAGGCAUCAAUACAAACAGGCAACGCUGAGAGAAACGAGCUAUCGAGCAUGAUAGCCUCGAUGAAUGAAGAGUCAGAGUCUCUCACGAGGGAGUUGCACGAGUUGAAGUGCACCAGGGACGAAAAAGAAGCGGCUUUUACCGGAUUACAUGCAGAAAUAGAAACCAUCAGAGCCGAGUGUGAUGAUCUAAGGCAUUCUUUAUCUGAGAAUGAGUCCGAAAACGAGAAGCAGAAGAAGCAAGUGGCAAUGUUAAAAGGCGAACUGAGGAAGAAGGAAGAAUCAAUGGUCAAUCUGGAGAAGAAGCUGAAGGAGAGCAGAGCGGUGAUUAACAACGUAACAAAACCCGGGAUCCGAAACAAAGGCGGUUCAGUGGCUCAUGCUACUAAGGAGGUAUCCAGUAUGAAAGAGAGAAUAAAACUGCUCGAGGGACAGAUCAAGAUGAAGGAAAAUGCAUUGGAAGCGUCUUCGAACAUGUUCAUCGAGAAAGAAAGGGAUCUGAAGAGCCGGAUCGAAGAGUUGGAGACAAGACUUGAAGAACUCAAUCAGAACAAUGUAGAUGCAAUGGUAUCAGACAAGAGCGAUGAACUGGGAAAUCUGGAAACAGAGAUAGCAUUGCUGAGAGACAGAAACAGAGAGAUGGAAACCGAACUGAAGGAGAUGCAACAGAGAUACUCAGAGAUAAGUUUGAAAUUUGCAGAGGUUGAGGGUGAAAGGCAACAGCUUGUCAUGACUUUACGCAACCUUCGGAAUGCAAAGAAGAGCUAAUUUGGAUUUA